AUGACUGAACACAAAAAGAAACAUCAUAAAGGACAAGAAGUGAUAGAAGAAGGAAUGAUGAAUGCAGGUCUCACUGAAAAAAUUCAGCCUUAACCAUACCCACUUCAGGGUUAAUCAUUGCCUACCGGAUGGGGCUAAUAUCCACAAGGUGCUUACUAUCCUCCUCCAGUAUAAAAGCCAGUAUAAUUAGAGAAGGCAGAGUAACAUAUUGAGACAACCCAUAUUUUGACUGAAGUUGAUUGCGUUUAUUGCAGGAUGCCUCCUAAUCUCCCCAAAUUGUAAGCAAGGCAUGACUGUCAGAUAUGCCAAGGUAUUGGUUAUCAGUAUACACAGAACGAAUGGUUAGAAUGUCAAGAAUGUAAGAGAGAAUUCGGAGGUGCCUUAAUGUUCUCCUCCGGCUCCAUGCCUGAAGUGUAUAAAACUCUCCCAACACACUUCCCUAAAGUAGAUACAAAUCCUCAAUGCUCUUAAUGCUAUGGUACAGGGUAUAAAUUCCAAAAUAAGGUUAAGGACUGGAGAGUUUGUGAGUACUGUGCUAGAGAGCAUAAUACUGAUCUUACAAUAUUCUAGGAUACAAAUUUGGUCAGUGAUUCAACUUUGUAUAGUAGUAAUGUAUCAAAUGCUGCAAUGAUCCCACCCUUAACUCUGCCAGUAAUUAAAUCUGCACCUGAUUGUGUAAUAUGUCAUGGCUAAGGCUAUGAAUGGAAGUAAAACUACUGGGCACCAUGCGAAAGAUGCAUAAAGAAGUUUGGGAAUUUUAUGGUUUGCAAGCAAUGUGUAGGCACAGGUACCAAACUUAAAGAUGGCACAAAAUGUAAAUGUUUAAAGCAUCACUUACAUCCAGCUAAGGUUUGA